UUUCACACCCCUCUAUUUUGAUUCCUAUCAUUGCAUACCGCCACCACAACCAGCUGCUCAGGAGAUAUUAUCUCUCUCUCUAGAAACCGUUUUCUUCCUCCCCUCACUUUCUCUCUCUAAAAUCGGUUAGCAAUUUCAAUCGGCCAGUUCAGGCAUUCAAUUCCGAUCUCGCACCGGAAGCUAGGGUUUCCGUUUUCGGAUUUCUAUCUGCUUUUGCUUCUCCGAUUUGAUUUCAUAUUUUCGUUGAAGUUUUGUUAUGUCGAACAGAAGAGGACGAGAUUCGCUUAACGGCGGCUUGGAUCCAUCGUCUAACGGCGAUGAUUUCGACGAUUCUUCGUCCGUUCUCGUCGAGGAAGGUGACGGCGAUCUGUUGAUUCAGCAGAGCAACCGUGAGGAUCGAUUGCUGCAGUGGCUGCAGGCUCUUGACAUGCAAGUCAUGGGAGCGUGCCGCGCCGACGAGAGGAUGAAGCCUUUGCUGAAGAUGAACGCUGCGUGUGGUGUCGCAGAAGAUCAUCUGCUGACUCAAUUGAGUCAGCAUUUCGAGCCAUCGGAGGUUGGAAUGCUAGCCAGAUGCUUCUGCGUGCCACUUGUUUCCGUCCGCGUUGGGAAGAUUAACAAGGAAGGCACACGACUAUGUCCAACUGCUAUUAGGGGCAACCUGACACUUGUAUUACUGCCAAGUUCUGAUCUUCGCCUUUCCUUCAUUGGGGAUGACGGCAAAGUAGAGCGAAUAUUUACAUUUUCCAAUGAAUUGCAUUGCUCUGCAGUUCUUGUUGAUGAAAUCUCAUCCGACCCUUCUGGUCGAUCCUUCAUUGUAAGAACUCCAGAUAGUAGAACAUUUUACUUCUGGUGCUCAGAGAAGUCUAAGCUUUUGGGAGUUGAGUUACUUGGAAAGAUGAAGGAUCUGCUAAAGAGGAAACCAUCCAUUGCUGAGUUGAGUGGCAUUAGCAAGUCUCGGCUUGAUUGCUUUGCAACUCAGCUUCGCGCAUAUCUUGUGGGGUCUGCAGAAAGUUCAAUGUGUGCUUCCCCAUGUGCUAACUCCACAUCCAGCUGUAAUUCAGCUGUUGAAAAUUCACCCAUCUCGACAAAAUUUCCUCGAUCUCGAAAUAUUGGAGGUCAGGCAGGGAAGGGAGAUAGCGCUGUUUAUCAGAAUAUACUUAGUCCAAGGUCUAGUUCUUUCAAAGAGGCACCCCCAAGGAUGUCUCCCCACAGGAUUGCUGCCAGGGAGAAAAUUAAACGCCGAGGUGACAGCCAUCAGUCAUUUGUUGAUAACUCGAUAAAUGAUUCAACAAACAACUUGGAUUUAUCAUCAACUUUGGAUCAUAACAAGGUUUCUGAAGUUGUGCAUAGUUUAGCAUACCCUUCCUCAAAUUUUCUUGAAUCACUAGGGAAGCUUGCUACUCCAUCUAAUGUUAGCAUAGCAGGGAGAAUCCCUCCUUGUGUCACCCCUUCUUUCUCCCUAUUAUUGCUGGUGUCCAGCUGGUAUUUCAACCUGCCAGCCACCCUGUUGGAACCUGUACAGCCUCUUGAUAUUAGUGCAACCAUGGAUUUCCCUCCAUUUCUGCCUGAUCCGUUGGUUAGAAUGUCAUUACCAACGUCUCAGCAGAUUCCUACUUUCACACCGUUGAUGUGUGAUCCAAUUGUACAUGUUCCAGUAAUUGAUGUUUGCUCUUCAGGUCAGGGCUAUCUUGUGAGUGCUGGCCCUGCUAUGUCAACUAGCAUCCCUCCAUUGCAUCCAAAGCUUGUGAACCCACUGAUUCCUGAAUCUGAUUCUGUGGUGAAGGGUGCGAGAGAAACUCUAAGGUUGCUGAUUAGUGGUUCAAACCAGAGUAACCAACAGGUUAUUGGGGAUCCUCUUCCAGCAAUUUUAACUAAUCCCGAUGAAAAACCGAACAACCUACUUGUUGCCGGAAGCCGUGGUCUUUAUACUGGUACCAGAGACAUUGGUGUUAUUGCAAACAGCAUUGCUGCCAUGGGAUUAGCAUCACUUACCGGAGUGUCCAAGACAGUUGCGGAGAGUGCGUCAGAUUUAUGUGGCAAAUACGGGAUUUCCAAUUUAGAGGUGAAGAAUCCUAAUGAUGCAGGUGGUGGUUUUUCAGAUGAAGAGGUGCCUUCUUUCGAACCGAAGCAGGAAUAGUGAUAUAGAUGCAACGAUGUUUUCCUUGUAGAUGUUGUCCAUCAAAUGUAGAUAGUACCGUAGCCCUUCGGGAUAGGUUUAAAGUCCGUAAUUUCACCAUUGUUCAGCCUUGUUCCACCUGUUAGUCAUGGCUUUAUUAAUUCUCUUAAUUUGCAAUCUGGGGAAUGAGAUUUUGCUUAUAUUGUAUAUGCGGGCCUUCCGUUCAUGGCUCAAUGCUUUUUAGAGUUAGUGAUUUAAUUUAAUGGAAUGCGAUGGUAUGCAAACUGCUCGUACCCGCUACUUCUCCAAUGGUUUUGGGGGCUGGGGUGCGAGUAUUGUCCGA